AUGGGAUUGGAAUUUCUAAAGAUAAAUUUAAUGGGUCAUGGAAUCGAACGUAAAUUAAAUCUAAGUGAAUCUUUUAUCCAAUUUUUACCAACUGUACCCUAUUUGGACGUUCAGGAACGUGAAUUUACGAUUGAAAAUAAUACCGAAUAUCCUAUUGAAUUUUUUUGGCAUCAUCUCGAUAAUCAAUUCUUACACGAAGAUCGCAUUGCUAAGAUACUUACUCGUUAUUACAAUGUCGAGGAAAUCCUCUUGCCACCUAGGAAACUUGCUGAAGGGAUCCCACCUUUAUUAAUUGAAUUCUAUAAUGAGUUAAUCAAUGAAAUAACCAAGGAACAAACAUUUGAUGAGAUUAGUGACGUAGAAGAAAAAGAAGAAGAAUUAAAUAAAGAAGUAGAAAUGUCGAUCACGAACAAGAAAGAAGAACUUAAAUCUAUAGAUCAUGAUUCGAUCAGUGAUCUUUAUCUUUACAACAAAUCAUCCCUAUUGGCUACAAGUGAUCCUACACAAAUUGAACAACUGCUUCUCGAUCACAUCAAUCAUUUGCAAGAAGAUCCUAAUUUUCAAGAAAUUAUGAAAGAUCCAGUGAAGUGUUUGUUUGAUCAACUCGAAGUUGAAUCGACGUUGACGGAGAAGUUAGAAGAAUCGGUGAAACCAUUGAAGAAAGUUUGCAUAAUAUUUCACGGUGCACCUUUCACUGCUUACCAGGAAACAGCAUGCAGAAGUGCCAGAGCAUUAGGGAUUCCCGUGCUUUCUAUAGACACAGCUAUUUUAGAAAUAGCAGCUUUUGGCAAGAGCGAAUGCUCGGUCAAACUAAGACAAGCUAUCAAUGAAAUUUAUCAGGAUUAUACAAUGAAAUUUUCGGAACACAGAAUUAAAAUUCUUGUUGAAAAAUUGGAAACAUCGAGAACGGAAACAACAUAUACGCAAAAGUCACGUGGGAAAAGUAGAACACCAAGAACGGUAGAAACUUCGAAAUCUGGAAAAUGUGAUGAAGAUUUAAGAGACGAAGAAAGAUAUUUGCGUUGGAUUGAUAUGCCCGAACCUUUAGAAUCGUACAACAAAUUAUUACAAACCGAGGAAACAUUGAUUUCGAUGGAUAUUUUCAGUCAAUACGAAUACAAACUUCAAGCUAUUAAAUUACUGCAAUUAAUUCUUCCAGCACAUAUGAUCGCUGAAUCUGUUAAGGACAAAAUAAGUUUUCGGGAAAGUGAAAAAAGUAGUAAAAAAAAACAAGAAAGUCAUUUUCUCAACAUCGAUACAGAUUUAUUAACCGAAGUAUUAAAAGAAAGAUUAUCAGAAAAAGAUUUCGAAAGAGGUUUCGUUUUGCAAACUCUCCAAAAUGUUUUCAUUCCUGACGAGAUUAAAACUUUGAAUAUUUUACUGGAUAUUAUCGGGCAGAUAGAAUUUUUCCUUUUCGUAACUUUUUAUAAUUCUGUAAACAUUUGUAAUUGGAAAAUUGACGAGUUAAAACGAUUAAAAACUGAGAAAAUAGCAGAGAAUACCGCGAAAAAAAUUCAAGAAAUCGAUGAGAUGUCAUUGUCCGAUUACGAUCAAAUUUCGGAGGAAGAUAAAAAUAUAUAUCUCCAAGCAGUCUUGCCAAUAAAAAGACAAGAAGCAUACUUGAGAAGAGCUCAUUUAUCUCAGAAAUUGGACGAAUUAAAAAGAAAAAAAGAGGAAAGACAUAUGCGUACUAUUGAAUCAAAUUUUAAGAAAAAAAAAACAAAACUAACGGUUACCAAAAGCAAACUUACAGUUUCGACUAAUCGAGACGAAUUAGAAUCAAAAACGCUUUCUAGUAAGAAAGAAACUGCUCGUAAAAAAAUUCGUACUAGUCCCAAACCAGAGAAAAGAGUUACCGAAAAGUUACACUCAGAACCAACAAUUUAUUCUAUUCUCGCUCACAAAGGUUUUGAAGUAUCAAGCGUGGUUGAAAAAAAACCUGGUAAUAAUUUUCACUUAAUCAACUAA